CUGACUGCGCCCCGCCACGAGCUUCUCGCCCGCCCCUGCCCCUCUUGCCACACCCCGCCCUGAGCCCCCACCAGCCGAACGUCCUCGUCGUACCUCGCCUGCGGGUCAGCCGUAGAGAGGGAGGGCCUGGGCGGUCGGGUUGGCGGGAGGGAGGUUAUCUUCCUCUGUUUCACCCCGGGCCGCCCGAGCCGGGAGAAGGCUGCGGCGAGGUCUGCGGGCGGCAUGGCGGGAGCUCCGGACGAGCGGGGGCAGGGCCCCCUGGCGGGAGAGCAGCUGGGGCAGCAACACGUAACGUGCCAGGUUUUCCCUGAGCAGCUGGCCCUUCGGAAGCCCCAGCAAGGGUUCUUCCCCAUCUUCACCAACAACCAGAAGUGCCAGCUCAUGCUCCUGAAGACGCUGGAGACGAAUCCAUAUGUCAAACUCCUGCUUGAUGCUAUGAAGCACUCGGGUUGUGCUGUUAACAAAGAAAGACACUUUUCUUGUGAAGAUUGUAACGGAAAUGUCAGUGGAGGUUUUGAUGCUUCAACAUGUCAGAUUGUUUUGUGCCAGAAUAACAUCCGUAAUCAGUCCCACAUGAACAGAGUGGUCACCCACGAGCUCAUUCACGCAUUCGAUCAUUGUCGUGCUCAUGUUGACUGGUUCACCAGUGUCAGACAUCUGGCCUGCUCAGAGAUUCGAGCUGCUAACCUUAGUGGAGACUGCUCACUUGUAAAUGAAAUAUUCAGGUUACAUUUUGGAUUAAAACAACACUAUCAGACUUGUGUGCGAGACAGAGCCAUUCUUUCUAUCCUGGCUGUUAGGAAUAUCAGUAAAGAAGUAGCUCAGAAGGCUGUUGAUGAAGUUUUUGAAUCUUGUUUCAAUGACCAUGAACCUUUUGGAAGGAUCCCACAUAACAAGACUUAUGCAAGAUAUUCUCAUAAAGACUUUCAAAACCGUGAUCGGUAUUACUCAAAUAUAUGAAGACAAUGAUAUUUUAUAUUACGGAGCUUCAAUGAUCAUUAAGAAAAAAAUAUGGUUCCCAAGUGAACAAGGAUAUAAAAUGUAAAUGAUCAAUUAAACACAGAUAAAACAUGGAAUGUGCUAAUUUUGGAAUAUAAUCAGAAAAAGUAACUGUGGCAAAAAUGAAACUGCCUUAAACUCCAAGGCCAAAUUGUAUCUUUAUGGCUAACCAUUUGGUAAAUAAAUAAAUCACAUUUUUGCAUUUUC